AACCUAACCCGUAACAAUUCAAGCCUCGUACCCUGAAUCCUAAUCAUGCACAAUACACGUGAUUCACUCCAAAAUUAUCGUUGUCUAUUUAGUGGACUUCAAACUUCCCAAUUCCCAUUCUAUCUUUGAGUAAUCAGAUCAGUUUUUCUUCAUUUUAGCAUUCGGCUCCAUCUUCUACUUGCUUCCCAGUUCCCAGUAUGCAAAAUCUUGUCUUUUUUCAAUCCCCAUUUCUGAAUGCUUAUUUGCUGCACUGUUCUUUACUUCUAUUGAAUCUUUGUAAAUUAUACAAGUAAUUCGCAACCCAAAUGCAGGAUUGUGUUUGUGUUACUGUUACUGUUACUUACUACUGUUUAUCAAUUGCUUGAAAAUGUUACCCAAUUCUGUAGCCUAUUCAGUUGAUUUUGCAUCUUGUAGACUAUAGUAAUGGUAGUUGUAGGAUUGUUAUGCAAUUUGCAUUUGUGAAUGCUAAAUUUUUGCUUAUUCAAUCCCCCGAAAGAUCGGAUCAACAUUUUUGUUUCAUACUUUAACUUACAAGACUUUUAAUCUUACUUAUAUCACAUUACCAUCUGCAGUUUCAUUCAAUAAUUGCUGAGUUAUACUGUUGAUUUGACUCAAUUUGUUCUUAUGGAUGUUAAUAUGUUAUAGUUUAUGAAAAUGCCUGUUAUGGAAUUGGAAAUUUCUGGGUACUGAUUGAAUUAGUUAAAUAGUACAGAUUAAUGGGGAAAAGUGGAAGGAAUAAUCAAUUAUAUAAUUAAGAAAGUCAAAAUUAUGUUUUUAUUUGUUUUUUGUGGGUGUGUGAAUUCAUCUGAGGGUGGGUUUUAAUUGAUGUUAUGGAAGAUGGGUUUUAAUUGAUGUUAUGGAUUUAUAUUCAGAAGAAGCAUAUGAAUACGAUCAUGUGGAAAAUAUGUCUAUUCACUUAAUUUGAUGCUUGGAGGUUGAAUUUGUCGAUAGUAUGAUUGUUUGGAUACAUUAAUAUUCAACCCAUUACGGCCCGUUUGGUAGGUGGUAUUACCUUAGUGGCUAUGCUUGUUCAACUUCAAUCAUCACAUUUAUUUCAUGAAAUUCAUUCCAAUGCAUUACCAUUGGGAGAUGUGGUAUAAGGUGGUAAUGGAAAUUUGUAAAAAAAAAAUUUUUCGUGAUCAAAGUUUCAUCACCAUGGGAGUGACAUAGAACUUUUGAUGAAACUUUACACUAUAAAUCAUUCCCAUUACCACCAUUUAGUAUCACUAACCAAAUGGGCUGUUAUUGUUUAUGAUGGUUUGCUUGUUGUCGUGUUGUAGAAGUGUUUGAUUUUGUGUCUUGCCCCUUUUAAUUUCUUAGGAAUCUGGGGGCUUCUCAUGAUUUGCUUCAGUUGCUGAUGUACCAUUGUCAAAGAUAGUUGUGCUUUGAUUUUAAAGAUGUUCAAGCCUCUUCAGCAUUAUACAGAUGCUUUAGUUGCGGCUUUGGCCCAUGACAAGUGCAAUGACUAUUUACUAUUUAGAUUUGAAACACUUCUAGGAGAUGGAUUGCGCACGACCUUGUACUUCGUAGGCCUUGCUUAUUGUUUCAUCGGAUUAUCAGCCAUUACAUCUAGAUUUUUUCGCUCCAUGGAGAGUGUCGUUAAGCAUGAGCGUAAAAUGGUGGAAAUUGAUCCUCUCACUAAGGUUGAAACUGUUAGAUAUGAAAAGGUAUGGAAUUAUACAAUUGCGGAUAUUAGUCUUCUGGCUUUUGGAACUAGCUUCCCUCAAAUAUCUUUAGCCACCAUUGAUGCGAUAAGAAACCUUGGUAGUCUUUAUGCUGGAGGCUUGGGUCCUGGUACUUUAGUUGGUUCUGCUGCAUUCGACCUAUUCCCAAUCCAUGCUGUUUGUGUAGUUGUUCCUAAAGCUGGAGAACUCAAGAAGAUAUCUGAUAUUGGAGUCUGGCUGGUCGAGUUAUUUUGGUCCUUUUGGGCAUACAUAUGGCUAUAUAUAAUUUUAAAGGUUUGGACUCCUGAUGAAAUUACACUGUGGGAGUCUUUGUUGACAGUGUUGCAAUAUGGCUUACUGCUAUUAAAUGCGUACGCUCAAGACAAGCGCUGGCCUUACGUAUCUCUUCCUUUCUCAAGAUCUGAGAGGCCACUGGACUGGGUCCCAGAAGAGGUUUCACCACAUAAACAAGAGAGCCUCGGAGAAGACUUUUUCGAUUGUCCUGAAGUCAUUCAUAUUGAUGAUAGAAAUAUUGCUGACAUCUUUUCCAUUCACGCUGACAGUGAUAUAGGUCCUUUAUAUCAUGCCCUGCCUUCGGAUGAAGUUACUGAGUUACCAGCUGAACAACUUCUGAGGAAGAAGAUUGUAGAUGAUGCUAGUUUCCUGUCACUUUGGAAACACCAGUUUGUGGAUGCCUUCACGUUUGAACAGAAAAAAUUGGAAGUCAUCUACGCGAAGUCUCUCAGAUUUCUCUGGUAUUUGCUCCUUCUUCCAUGGAAGGUUAUGUUUGCGUUCGUGCCUCCUUACCAAAUUGCUCAUGGAUGGAUAUCCUUCAUCUGUUCGCUUAUGUUCAUCAGCGGUAUAGCUUACGUAGUGACAAAAAUCACGGACAUGAUAAGCUGUGUGACAGGAAUAAACGCUUAUGUUAUUGCUUUUACUGCAUUGGCUGCGGGAACUUCUUGGCCGGAUUUAGUUGCUAGCAAGAUCGCUGCUCAGCGUCAGACAACAGCUGACUCUGCUAUUGCAAAUAUCACCUGCAGUAAUUCAGUGAACAUAUAUGUGGGCAUCGGUAUUCCAUGGCUAAUCGACACGACAUACAAUUACUUUGCAUAUCGUGAACCAUUGAGGAUCGAAAGUGCAGAGGGACUUAGCUUUUCGUUGCUUGUUUUCUUUUCUACUUCAGUAGGUUGUAUAUCUAUUCUGGUCCUAAGGCGACUCGUAUUUGGUGCUGAGCUUGGCGGGCCUCGGCUUUGGGCUUGGAUUUCAUGUGCCUACUUCAUCUUGCUUUGGCUCAUUUUUGUUACUCUGUCCUCCCUCAAAGUCUCUGGCCUCCUAUAAUUUGGCAUGCCAUAAUUUUUGGUCCAUUCAAUUCUGUAUCAUUUGUGUAAAGUAUUUGCAAGAUAUGUAUAAUGUAUUUAAGGAUACUCUAUUGCAUUUUAUUUAAAAUUAAAAAGUCUUAUACAUAUAUGUAUGAUACAGUUUUAUUUAAGUAAUACCCCUAAUUCUUUUGUUUUCUAA